AGUUUAUACAAUAAUACGUUGUGUGUAUAUUCAUUGUCGGAUAAAGAGUAAGUGAAACAAUAACCACGUGAGACCACGAGGUAGAGCGCCAUCGUUUAAGGCGGGGCAGAAAACGGAAGCUCCAAAGUCAUAUGAUCGAUUUAUAAUUCCUUAUACUACUGUUCGCUAUUCCCUUCAUUCGCAAAGAUGGCUAGUCAGACGCAAGGUAUUCAACAACUUUUAGCAGCCGAAAAACGUGCUGCUGAAAAAGUUGCGGAAGCUAGAAAGCGUAAAGCUCGUAGAUUAAAGCAAGCUAAAGAAGAAGCUCAAGAUGAAAUUGAAAAAUAUAGACAGGAACGAGAAAAACAGUUUCGUCGAUUUGAAGCCAAGCAUAUGGGUUCAAAAGAAGAUGUAGCUGCACGUAUUGAAGCUGAUACCAGAGUGAAGAUUGAUGAAAUGAAUAAAGCCAUUUCUGUGCACAAAGAUACAGUAAUGCAUAAAAUCUUGGAGUUGGUGUACGACAUUAAGCCACAAUUGCACGUGAAUUAUCGCAUAGAAAUGUAAACUCUAAGAAAUGUAUUCAAUGAUUAUAAAUACUACAUUUUAUGCUAUACAUGUACAUUAAAUAUUCUUUGCUAUAUCAUAUCUUAAAACAUAUUUAUCACCGUUAAAUCUAUAUAUAUGUGUACUGUUUAGACAGUCAUAGACAGUAAUAUUUAAAUUCUUAGAGUCUUUUCUGCAAUCAUUACGCGACAAUAAAUGUAACUGUAACUAUGUUAUUACCAAGCUUCAACCACCAAUAUAAACAGUCACAGAAUUAGCACAAUAAUGAGAAUGGUAGAAGUUUAGAUACAGAAACGUUCUCUACCUGCCGUUUCAGGGCCUAGGGACGACAGAUAGAAAUUUAAACAUGGAUAUUUAUUAGUACAGUUUAAGGUGGUGGUAACAAAUUGUACAAUGUUAAUGUAUGUUGGUAGAUGUCAUUCCAUGAUCUAUAACAUCGAGGACAAAAUCAUAUUUGUGUCAUCUACAACCUCUCUAGGUUUACAAAUAAGCUCCCAAUCCAAUGUAAACCUUGCGACGAUGUAGAAAUAUAAUAUUCCUUAAAUAUUAUAUGCUUUGUUAAGUUUAAAAAAUAUAAAUAAGCUUACCUCGCGUGUAUACCCUGUCUCUGUAAGUUGGUUAAUUGUCUGUACAGUAUUAAUGUUCAAAAUAAUAAAAAAGAAAAAAAAACGAUAA